AUGGCGAAAAUAGCAAAACGUUUACCUAAGGCAAAGGAGGCUAAACUUCGGAUGGAAAUAUGCAAUAAGGUUUCGGAAGCAGAAUUGGCUCACUUAGUUGAGAUUGAAACAGCCACUCAACCAAAUACAUCAUUAAACCGUCAAACGCUCAAUCCAGUAUUUUAUGAAACUCAAAACCAACCGGUACAUUUACAACCUCAAAAUUUGAGUUUGCAUCAAGAACAGAGUGAAAGUAGUUGGUCUACCUCUUCAUCGACGCAUUCAAACAGCCAGACUUACGUUUAUGACAAACAAAACUACUGUCGUCCCAUCCUCGAUGCCAACUUACGUCUUAAUAACCAACAUCCUUUCACGUAA